GUGGCAUCAGUGCCGAAACUCCAACGCGAUCGCGGGGUCUGGGGGAAUAGCCGACAGAAAUGAGCCGAGCAGUUCUGCAGGUCUUCGAAGAGUACCAAAAGGCACGUGUGACCUUUGUCCAGACGGUGGCCGAUUUGGCAACUCGACCCCAGAACAUCGAUGCUCUGCAGAAUGCAGGUGUGAUGGCUCUACUGAGGCCCUUGCUGUUGGACAACGUGGCAUCCAUUCAGCAGUCCGCGGCUCUGGCCUUGGGGCGUUUGGCCAACUACAGUGACGAAUUGGCCGAGUCGGUGGUGACCCACGAGAUCCUUCCACAGCUUGUGUACUCCCUGGCACAGCAGAACCGCUUCUACAAGAAGGCCGCCGCCUUCGUGCUGCGGGCGGUGUCGAAGCACUCGCCGCAGUUGGCGCAGGCCGUGGUCGACUCCGGCGCCCUGGAGGCUUUGGUGAAUUGCCUGGAAGAGUUCGAUCCCUCGGUGAAGGAAGCAGCAGCCUGGGCCCUGGGCUACAUUGCCAGGCACACCAAAGAAUUGGCACAGACCGUGGUGGAUGCAGGUGCUGUGCCGCUCUUGGUCUUGUGCUUCCAAGAGCCGGAGCUCACCCUGAAACGAAUCUCAGCGUCCGCUCUCAGCGAUAUCUGCAAGCACUCACCGGAACUGGCACAGACCGUGGUGGAUGCAGGUGCCGUGUCCCUCUUGGCAAAGGACAUCUCUCACAACGAUGCACCUCUCAAGCGUCAGGUUUGCAGCUGCCUGGCUCAGAUUGCCAAGCAUUCGGUGGAUUUGGCCGAGGUUGUUGUGGAGGCCGAGAUCUUCCCACGUAUCCUGCAUUGCUUGAAGGACAUUGACGAGUUCGUGAGGAAGAACGCCGCCACCUGCAUUCGCGAAAUCGCACGUCCGGCGGCCCUGGGGGCCCUGGGGGUUUCUCAUGGUCACACGCCGGAUUUGGCGAAGCUCAUCGUCAACGCUGGUGGUGUCGCUGCUAUGGUGGACUAUAUCACCGAGGCCCGUGGAAACAACCGCCUGCCUGGUAUCAUGACCUUGGGAUACAUCGCUGCGUUCUCCGAAACCUUGGCUCUGGCCGUGGUGGUGUCUAAGGGUAUUCCGCCCCUGAAGGAUGCCUUGAUCAACGAGCCGGAGGAUCAUCUGAAGGCUGCCUCUGCUUGGUCCUUGGGUCAGAUUGGACGUCAUUCUCCGGACCAUGCCCGCGCAUUGGCUGAGGCGGAUGUCCUGCGUCGUCUGCUGGCAGUCUAUUUGCACCAGGACUCCAGUGAGGAUCUACGCACCAAGGCGAAGCGCGCUCUGAAGAGUGUGAUCCAGAAGUGCACCCAUUUGCCAGCCCUGGAACCUCUCCUGGAGGCACCUCCAAACAUCUUGAAGUACGUGGUGCAGCAGUUCGCGAAGGUCUUGCCCAGCGACCUCAACGCCAGGAAGUCCUUUGUGCAAUCAGGUGGCUUGCAAAAGAUCCAGGAAGUCAAAGCCGAGGUGGGAUCAAAGUUGCACGACUACAUCGAAGAGAUCAACAUGCUUUAUCCUCCAGAGAUUGUUCAGUGCCCCGGAAAAAGCCCUACGACGGCUUUGGCCGUUUGCCGAAAAAUGAUGCUUAGUAAGGCAGAAAGGGAAAUCAUGGAAGACCACAUUUAG